AUGUCAAGCCCGCAAAAGGAACAAUCACGUAAGCUUAGAUCAGAUGACUCCAGUAAGGCUACAUUGAAUAAAAACUUGUUCAAUUUCGAUGACAUUAAUGCCUACUUGUAUCAGAAUAAGCCGAUACACAUCAGACCAGACGGUAGUGAUCAAUUGUACACCUACUUUAAAGGUGAUGAAGAGACACCAACAUUAAAAGUAACCAAAGUCAAGCAAGUUCCACGAAAACUACCGAAAAGAAGAACGAAAGUGGAUCCAUUACCUGACUCCAAGUACACUAUUUUCCAUCGUAAAAUGAAAAAGGAGGAAACGCAAAUGUUGAAUGAGGAAAAGAUCAAAAAUUUAGUUGAAGUUGAUAAUCUAAAUACAAGCUUGCAACUUCUCAAACAAUACGACUGGAUAAGGCACCUUCCCUCAAUAACAAAGGUCAAUGACGUUAUGGAUUACGAAGAAAUGGAAAGAAAAAGGGAAUUGACAAUAAAUGAGAUUGAAAUAUUGUUGGAAAAGCAGGCUUUGUGGAAGAGGAAAAGGGACAAGUUUAAUAAUGAUGCCAAAUUGUUCCAUAACGGUGAGCGAGUGGUUGCAGUGGACGAGGCUGUCGCUGAGGCAAGCUCAUCUCUGGCCUUGCCCAAGCUCAACAACUCACAUAAAGUUAGGACACCUUCCCCUUCUGUUGUCAUUGAUCGCAGUAUUAAGCUUGAUAAUAUCGGCCAUUCAUCCGACGUUGAUUUUGGCAAAUCUACAAACGACUUGUUUGGUGUCGAUCUAUACGACAUUGAACCUCCCAAGGACGGAUUUCAAUUGCCCUUGGGUUGGAGGCGAGCAAAGAGACACCACAGUUGA